CGAGUCCAGGCCGGACGCGCGCCGGGGCGGCCGCCGGGGGAAGGAGCCCAUGACCAGUAAAUGACUCGGCAAGUAAGAGGAAAACAACUAUAAUCUAUAAAGAUGAAUUUACAACUGGUUUUCUGGAUUGGACUGAGCAGCUCAAUUUGCUUUGUAUUUGGGCAAACAGAUAAGAAUAGAUGUUUAAAAGCAAAUGCCAAAUCUUGUGGAGAAUGUAUACAGGCGGGACCAAAUUGUGGGUGGUGCACAAAUUCAACAUUCUUACAAGAAGGAAUGCCCACUUCUGCACGAUGUGAUGACUUAGAGGCUUUAAUCAAGAAGGGCUGCCAUCCAGAUGACAUAGAAAAUCCCAGAGGUUCCAAAACUAUAAAGAAAAAUAAAAAUGUCACCAAUCGGAGCAAAGGAACAGCAGAGAAGCUCCAGCCAGAAGAUAUCACUCAGAUCCAACCACAGCAGUUGGUCUUGAAGUUACGUUCAGGGGAACCACAGACAUUUACGUUAAAAUUCAAGAGAGCUGAAGACUAUCCCAUUGAUCUCUACUACCUUAUGGACCUCUCCUAUUCCAUGAAAGAUGACCUGGAAAAUGUGAAGAGUCUUGGGACAGAUCUGAUGAAUGAAAUGAGAAGGAUUACUUCAGACUUCCGAAUUGGGUUUGGUUCAUUUGUGGAGAAAACUGUGAUGCCUUACAUUAGUACAACUCCAGCAAAGCUCAGGAACCCUUGCACAAAUGAACAGAACUGCACCAGCCCAUUUAGCUACAAAAAUGUGCUGAGUCUUACUGAUAGAGGAGAGCAUUUCAACAAACUUGUUGGUCAACAGCGCAUAUCUGGAAACUUGGAUUCUCCAGAAGGUGGUUUUGAUGCAAUCAUGCAGGUUGCAGUUUGUGGAGACUUGAUCGGCUGGAGGAAUGUUACACGGCUGCUAGUGUUUUCCACCGAUGCUGGGUUUCACUUUGCUGGAGAUGGGAAACUUGGUGGCAUUGUUUUGCCAAAUGAUGGGCAGUGUCACCUGGAAAAUAACUCGUACACAAUGAGCCAUUAUUAUGAUUAUCCCUCUAUUGCUCACCUUGUCCAGAAACUCAGUGAAAAUAACAUUCAGACAAUUUUUGCAGUUACUGAAGAAUUUCAGCCCAUUUACAAGGAGCUGAAAAAUUUGAUUCCUAAGUCAGCAGUGGGAACAUUGUCUGGCAAUUCUAGCAAUGUGAUCCAGUUGAUAAUUGACGCAUACAAUUCCCUUUCCUCAGAAGUCAUUUUGGAAAAUGGCAAAUUGUCAGAUGGUGUAACAAUCAGUUACAAAUCAUUUUGUAAGAAUGGGGUGAAUGGAACAGGAGAAAAUGGAAGAAAAUGUUCCAACAUUUCCAUUGGAGAUGAGGUUCAGUUUCAAAUUAGCAUAACUGCAAAUAAAUGUCCAGAAAAACCUUCUGAAACCAUUAAAAUUAAGCCCCUGGGUUUCACUGAAGAAGUAGAGGUCAUUCUUGAGUAUAUCUGUGAAUGUGAAUGCCAAAGCGAAGGCAUCCCUGAAAGCCCCAAGUGUCAUGAGGGCAACGGGACAUUUGAGUGUGGAGCCUGCAGGUGCAAUGAAGGGCGUGUUGGGAGGCAUUGUGAGUGCAGCACCGAUGAAGUGAACAGUGAAGACAUGGAUGCUUACUGCAGGAAAGAGAACAGCUCCGAGAUCUGCAGUAACAAUGGAGAGUGUGUCUGUGGACAGUGUGUGUGCAGGAAGAGGGAUAAUACAAACGAAAUUUAUUCUGGCAAAUUCUGCGAGUGUGAUAAUUUCAACUGUGAUAGAUCCAACGGCUUAAUUUGUGGAGGAAAUGGUGUUUGCAGGUGCCGCGUGUGUGAGUGCUUCCCCAACUACACUGGCAGUGCAUGUGACUGUUCCCUGGACACCCUUCCCUGCAUGGCUGCAAAUGGGCAGAUCUGCAAUGGUCGAGGCAUCUGUGAGUGCGGUGUCUGUAAGUGCACAGACCCCAAGUUUCAAGGGCAAACCUGUGAGACAUGUCAAACCUGCCUGGGUGUCUGUGCAGAGCAUAAAGAAUGUGUUCAGUGCCGAGCCUUUAAUAAAGGAGAAAAGAAAGACACGUGUGCACAGGAGUGUUCACAUUUCAACCUGACCAAGGUAGAAAGCCGGGACAAAUUGCCCCAGCCAGUCCAGGUUGACCCCGUGACCCAUUGCAAGGAGAAGGAUGUUGACGACUGCUGGUUCUACUUCACCUACUCAGUGAAUGGGAACAACGAAGCCUCUGUUCAUGUUGUGGAGACUCCAGACUGUCCAACUGGCCCAGACAUCAUUCCAAUUGUAGCUGGUGUGGUUGCUGGAAUUGUUCUUAUUGGCCUCGCGUUACUUCUGAUUUGGAAACUUUUAAUGAUCAUUCAUGACAGAAGGGAAUUUGCCAAAUUUGAAAAGGAAAAAAUGAAUGCCAAGUGGGACACGGGUGAAAAUCCUAUUUAUAAGAGUGCCGUGACAACUGUGGUCAAUCCAAAGUAUGAGGGGAAAUGAGUUCAACCUGAAUUUCUCAACACUGAAUGCACAGCAGCCAUUGCCAUAGUCACAUUAGGGUAGCUUUAGGGCUCUGUUACCAUGGUUUUAUUCAUGUGCGGGUUUUGAAAAUGUACAAUAUGUAUAAUUUUUAAUUUUUUAUUAUUUUGAAAAUAAUGUUAUAAUCUAUGCCAGGGACUGACCGAAGACUGAUACAGGAUCAUUUUCCUUGUCAACUAAGGUCACAGUGUGCCUUUUGACCUCUUCUUCCUAGACCAGUGGCAUCAAGCUCUUACAGGACUAUGUGACAUUGCUAGUGUGAUUGAAAGGGCAAAAGUUGAAUCAGUGAAAUGAUCGUAUUAUUAAAGCUGAAUUUUAGCUUUACAGAUAUGUCAGUUUUUAGCUAUACACAAUCCAAAGUUCCAGUCCUGCUAGCUGGACAGGAUUGUUUAAACCUAUCAUAUUGCCGUCUAGACAAGAAUGAUGACAGAUCAAAGACAAGUUAUGUUGAGAAUGUCUGAUUGAACCUGCUUUGAUAGAUUUGGUCUGCAGAGGCUAUGGGAAAAAUUCAGUGAGUUAGGAAUGAAAAAAUGUAGCUUUAAAACCUGUGUGCCAUUUCAAGAGUUACUUAAUCUUGGUGACUGUUAUUACGCCUUCUCUUUAUAAAUCCAAUCCUUGGAUAAACGUACUGGCAACUUUUCUGCUAAACAGCCCUUGAUUUAGCACUAUUUAUAUAAAGGUCAUCAUUUUUGGUAGCAUGUGCAGAAUGGGAACUUUUUGGAUUUAGUUUAUUUUACUUUAUUAUUUUUGUUUAAGUUCUGGUGCUUUUUAUCACCUCUUCUAAUCUUUUAAUGUAUUUGCUGUUUGCGGGUAAAACUUUAUCAGUACUGUUUCCCUGAAGAUUUGGCUGUACAUUUGCCUUUCUCUUAGACACGGGAUGCUGUCUCUGUCCUGUGGCUCACACAGCCAUGUUCAGCUGGGCCAGGCCUCCUCCCCGCCAGCUGUGCAGACCACUGUGUGCUCCUUCCCACGGCUCGACUUCUUGUUUUAAAGUGCCUUUUAAUUUUAACAGUUCACUUUUUACAAUGCUAUUUACUGAAGUUAUUUAUUAAAUAAAAAGGCCGAAAAUACUAAAA